AGCCCAACGGCAUUCACGAAAUGAAGUCAUGGGCGUUGAUUGGGCAGGCCGAAUGUUUCCUCUAUGCCACUGGCUAGCUAGUUAGCUUACUAGGGGAGGCAGCCUUCGUCGAUUUGCAUUACACUUCAAUGGAUGACUGGCACGAUGGACGGGUGUCUGAGGGAUGUUUGAAGCAUGUAGACGAGAGUCGCCCCGGUCCACCGAACGCAUGGGUAGAAGAUGAUCAACACCAGUACGAGGAAGCGCAGACGGAGAAAACGGGUAAUGGAAAAAUAAAUGGAACCCCAGUGGAGCGAGAGGACACCCCUUCUGCCCCUAUUCCUGUGGCUGCCCUUCAUUACUCGAGCAGCAGGCAACUUGAAACUUCUAACUUGAAACCAAAACCUCCUGGGAAGCUCCUCGCCAUUCACACAAAAGGCAGUAGCAAUAGCCAUUUUAAGAACAGUAUGAACUGCAAAAAUGACACGCCUUCAGAGUUGAAAACAUGUGAUAGCAAGAGCAAGUCCAUUGCUUUACCAAAUGGAGUUGUGCUCCUCAACCCUGGUCUGUAUGCUAACGGCUACCCCAGCAAGCCUGGACCAGACAGUGGUGGCAGGGGUUCUGAGAGUGGAUACAUCACUCCCAAGAAACGCUGGGCUCAGCGGAGUGCAAUGGCUGAGGAGAGUGUGACUGCUGGGCAGGAGAAGGCUGUUCUACAGGCAGUUAUGGUCCCUAACAAACACGAGAUGGAGCCUCACACUCCAGAGGCUGCAAAAACAGCUGCAGGCUCUCUGUCUCCCACCUCCAUCAAAGGUGUCCCACCUGUGGAUCAGGCUGGUGAACUACAGUGUAGGACUUCUGAGGAAAAGGCUGCAGCAGGCUCUGUUAAAAAGCUUGAAGACAGGCUGAGCAAAGCCAAGCUUACCUCCAAAAAAGAGGAUUCAUGGACCCUCUUUAAACCACCCCCUGUCUUUCCUGUGGACAAUAGUAGUGCUAAGACAGUGCCCAAGAUUAGUUAUGCAAGUAAAGUGAAAGAGAAUCUAAACAAAGCAGCAGUCCAAGCUACAGGUGACUCCUUACCUCCCCAAUCCCAGGUGCCCACCAGACUCUCCCAAGUCCCCAUGUCUGCUGUCAAAACCAUCACCUCCCCUAGCUUCACCAAUGGACCUCUAUCUGGAGAGGGGGAUAGCUGCCCUCUCCCUGCCCCCCUUUUUACCUCUACUGUUUGCACUGCCCCAAUGCCUGUCUCCUCUGCCUGUAAGUGGGAAAACGAAGCAUCCUUGUCCAGCAACGGUACUGAUAUGUCAGGCACCCCCUCCAUGACUACUAGAGAACUGAGAAAGGCCAGUCUCCUUGUUCAUCCCCUGGGCACUUCAAAUAUGCAACCGGCCCUCUUCAGCGCCUGCCAAGUGGACUCACCUGCCGCUAAGACAAAUCCCAAAGCUCUGGUGGACAUUUUCCAGAACCAGUGGGGACUGUCGUUCAUCAACGAGCCCAGUGGAGGGCCUGGGGUGGGGCAGCCAGUAGUGGGGCAGCCAGCCCGGAAAGGCCAGAUUGUGGAGAUCACCUUUCAGGGAGGCGGCCCUGCAGCUUUGCCUCUACAAGUCUCUGCUACCUCCACUCUGAGACCUGAUAAACCCCUUUUCCCAAAGGCAUACGAGCAGGACAGACUGACUAUCUCCCAAGCCCCUAGCAGUGUUGGGAAAUCAGGCCCUGAUGCUGGGCUGGGAGGCCAAGCCCCUGGCCCAUACCCUCUGAGGGGUGAGGCUGGGAGUAGAGGUGCCAUAAUGUCCUCCGCUUUUAAGCACCCUGGUACUGAGCUGCCUCUUGCCUCCCCUGCUCAACCUGUGUCUGUUCUGGCCAAGGAGCCCAGCCACCCCAAGGGUUGCGACCCAGGAUCUUGCUGGGGGGCGUUCGAUCUAAAAGCUGCUGUUAUUUAUCACACUAAAGAAAUUGAAUAUAUUCAGAAUUUACAAAAACAAGAUUCAAAAGGAAUUGUGUUCUAUGAUCAGUCCAAGGAUGGGCCUGUUCAGUUAAGUCAUGACUGAGCGCUACACCCUCUCCUGGCUGCUGCCUCAUGAAACGGUGCCCUGGAGGAACUGCUCCCUCUCCUAUCUUAGAUUCACGUUGCAGGACUCCUUUGAUGUGAGCAGCUUGUGCCGUAGAGGGGACAGUACAGCAGCACCACAGACAGACCACACUGAGCCUCUUACAGGGAUGCUGUCAUUCGGGAGAUUAAAGGAUGGUUGAACAAUGGGGGAACAAGCUUUUUGACGGGAAACGUGUCCACAAGAGUGACUGCUACAUUUCUCCCUCAAUUUCCAUGUUCAGAGACAGGCUUGUAGAGGACAUCAUGUGGUGAUAAUCAGUCACCACCUCUGCAUUCCCGCCCCAUCUUUGGAAUCACAGGAUACUGGAGAGAGAUGGCCCCUCUCUUAGCCUGUCAUGGAAGACAGGAAUUCAAAAUGUUCACAUUUGAACUGUAAGGUAUCACAGAUGCCUAAUUUUGUAUUCAGACUGAAACAAAUGGGAAAGACUUGGAACCUUUUAGAAUGGUUGCCUUCUAGAUGUGGGAAGAUGGGGUUUUCUGCUCGAAUUCUAGUUUAGAUUAAACCAAAUAUCAUGGGUAGGCUUUUGUAAGCCCAUGUAAAGAAAAUGUUUUAAUUAUGGAGGGGUUGGUUCCCAUGUUAACUGAAUUACACUAAUUAGAAAUCCCAGGUCAUUGGGUGGAUAGAUGGAUGGAACUUAUUUGUGUUCAAGGCUCAAAUCAUGUAUCCCCCUCCCAUCGAGGCCUAGUCUGUUUGGUGUUUUGUGUCUCAAGGUACGGUGUCUUUGGGCUCUGUUCAUACAGGACUUUAUUUUUUUGACUUUAUUUUUCUUUAUUUUUAAUCACCACAUCCUCAUGAUGUGGUGAUUACCAACACUGUGCAGAGGCUAUACUUUUUUUCUUAUCUUUUCAUUUUCUGUUAAUCAGCCAGUUUAUAAUUACAGUUUAUGCUUUACAUGCUACCUCUACUUACCAUCUCAAUGCUCAAAUGAAUGCCCCAUAUUUGCAUACCUUUUAUUUUAAGAUUUUGUUUAAAAGUUCUGGGCAGUCUUUUUUUUUGGGGGGGGGGGGGGGUUUGCACAGAAUAGGCGCUUAGGCAGUGUUCACUUUUUUACUGUAGUAAUGCUUUAGAAUGAGAGAUUCAUGCAGGGCAGUAUUUUAACCAGAAAUAUGCAAAUGUUCAUGUUACAAGUCUCCUAUUGACAUCAAUGCAGGAUUUAGCUCAAACUUAGGACUGACAUCUACAAGUCUGUUUCACCUCCAGAGGAGAAUUGUUAAAUUCAUAAGGAAAGGAAUUCUUGGCCUCUUUGACCAGGUUAGGCUGCUCCUUUCUGAGACUGUUAGAUUUCUCUCUCCCGAGUACCCAUACGUGAAUUUAAUUAGCUUACAUUGACUGAUCAGCACUUUAAAUCUAUAGAAUUAAAGCAUAAAAUGUAUUAAAUAACUAAAUUGAAAUGUCUAUUUAUCCCAGCUAACUCUUUGGCUCCUAACAAUCACUGCAAUUUUUAAAUAGGACAGCCUGUUUAUGACCUAAUAUAUAGUUAUUGCCAAAAGUAGUUUGGCAAUGUUGAUCAUUAAUGUGGCCAAACUAAGCCAGGGGACAUCUUUUGAACAUUCUGUUUGUCAGGGUUAAUGUGAAAAUGAAUCUUUUUAUUUUGAUAAUGGCUAAUUUAUGGCACCUUAAUUCCUUUUUUUGUCCCUUUUAAUUGCAAUGAACAUAUUGGAAAACAAUCAUUAAUCUCUGACAGUUGCAUUGAGUACUAAAAUAAUACUACAGUGUAUUUAGAAGACAUCAGCGACCAAUGUUUUAGAACAUACUGAAAAACCCAGUUCAAGUACUGCUGUCUUCUGUUAUGACAGACAAAUAGCCUGUGUGUGUGUGUGCGCAUGCAUGAUGUGUAUCUUCACAAACAUGGUCAAGGGUCAACACAAAAUACAGGGUGCUUUUUAUAACAACAACAUUGGAAUUGCAUCUGCUUAGUCAAGUAUGUCUCCGCCGGCAAGUUGUGCCAUGUCUCGACUGUUUAUGCUGUCUUGUAUUAAGUUAUGUUAGUUUGUUCCUCACUUUUCUUUUCCUGCUGUAGUUAUGGUAAGAAUUUUAACAAUCUAUUAAAAAUUACAGCUCAUUUGCUGAAAGUA